AUGCAAUUGUCCGUUACUACUCUUGCCAUCCUGGCCGGUGCCGCCGUCGCAGAGUAUCUAGCUGAGCUCCCGGCGUAUCCAGCUGCGCUCCCAGAGUACCCAGCUGAGAGCAUUGUAUAUGUGACUCAAGCAAUCACGAUCACUUCGUGUGCUGCCGCCGUUACGGAUUGCCCUGCCCGCAGCACCGUAAUCUCCACCACAAGUUACCCAGUCGUCGUUACCAACAGCCCCAAUCCGGAGAUCAGCGCCCCGGUCGCACCUCCAGCGAUUUAUGCUCCAGUCCCAGAGACAUAUAUUCCAGAGACCACCGCUCCAGCAACCUACCCAGUUGCUUCCGUGCCAGACGUCUCCACCCCGGUCGCUGAUUAUACCCCCUUCGCAAACUCCAGCGUUCCCGUUUCCGCGGCCUCAACCCCUGUCGAUGUCCCAACUUCAUACCCAGUGGCCCCUACUUCCAGCGCACCAGUGAACUCGGUCAUCACCAUCUCGACCUGCGUCCCGACUGUGAUCUAUAGCACGGUCACCAUAGUCCCCAAUACCAGCGUGCCCGUUGCUACUUACGCGCCCCCUGCUCCGUCUAGAACUGGCUUCAUCCCAUACCCCGGGGGAAAUACCACCUUGCCGAAUGCCACCGUCACCCCUUCGGCCUAUGUCGUGUCCGGUAGCGCCUCCAGCAUCCAAGGUUCCGCUCUCGUCGUGGCCGUCGUCGGUUUUGCCGCUUUUAUCUUCGCCUAA